AUGCCAGGCUAUUUAUCAGGACGUGCAGGACAGUGCAGAACUGAGCAACAAAAGCACAGGUAUGUUUUGGCUUUGAAAGAAAAGACCGAGACCCAAAAUUUAAUGAUGCUAGUCAAAGCAGGUGGUUACACAAGUCUAAGGGUGAGGAGCUCGAAGGCGAUCAUACGACGGGAUAUUCCUGUGAAUCUGAUACAGAUUCAGCCGAGGAAAACAACAUCAACGAUGAUAUCAUCAAGAGGGUAGAGGGUUUAUGGUUGGACUGA